UCAAAAUUAACAACUUCAAUUACUUUAACUACUUCAUCACAAUCAACCACCUUAGCACAAGCAACAAAAUUAAAUGACUUAGUAGCAAACUUUUUAACCAAAAAAAGGAAAGCUGCUGACCAAGUGGCUAAUAUAGAAACUCCUGAUUCUCUAACAACAACUACUAAAAAUUUGAUAGCUACUAAUAAUAUGACUACUUCUAAUAAAUCUUUAAAUAGUAGAAAGAAUUAUCA